AUGGCUAGUUUGUCUCUGACCCCAUGCUCUUCGGACUCGCCCACUCCAGUUCCUCCAGGUCAUAGUCGUUUCCAGCAUGAACUGACUGUUUCAUCCUUAUCCAACCGUCACCGUCGUAAUUCCUCUAUAGUCGUGGGGAACCAUAUAGAUGAGACUCGCAAUAUUCUCGGAGCCCUUGCUAAAGGUGGUCUGCCAGACGAGAUGCCAAUCGGUAGUCUCGCUCUUCUGCAACAGCCACCGACGGCAGGUGUGAUGAAGAUUUCAAAUAUCCCCUACUCGAUCACGAAGCAGGAGAUGCUGCAGUUCGCAGGACGUCAGUCUCGUCUGAGCCCCGGUCAAGCCAUUCACAUAAUAAUGGAGCGCUCAACUGCCAAGACAAUGGACUGUUAUGUGGAAUUCGCGACACCAGAGGAUGCUAGAGAGACCGUCAAGAGGAUUGAUCGUAUUCAAGAAACUGGUCGUCCUCCUCGCUUGGGGUGUAGGCACGUUGAUGUCGAACUGAGUUCCCAGGAUGCUCUGUUGCACGAUCUGUUCCCUCGCGCUAAGUGUGUUCACUGGCAGGAAGGCAUGCCCACAGUAAUUCAAAACACCGACCCCUAUUCGACAGGCUUUGCUGGCUUCUUCACCAGCGAAGAGAUUAUCGGUGCUAUCCGCCAUGCUGAGAUGCCACACAGAUCGCCUUUCAGUACCAAGUGCCCUCAACGUACUUAUGAGUCGACCAUCAGUACUCUCAGUAAGUUUCCUUGGUAUGCCGUUGAUCUCUACACGGUUCAUGAUCGUAAUUUGCUCUUUGAUCUGGUCAAUCGCCAAAUCAUUGCUCUACUUGCUCGCAUGAAGAAGAUCAAUACGGUUGGCUUGGAUCAACGCCUGCUCAACGACCUUCUUCGUGCAGGGCUUGAGUGUCCGGGGUUCAAUGAACGUCAGAGAUUCACUUUAUGUGUCAACGCAGAGAGCUUCACCGAGCUUGACAAGCUGUCCGAUCUCAGUAAAUGGUUCCCCUUCGAUACAUUGGCUAAGAUGCCUAACCUCGACGAGCACACUUACAAGCUGCCUAACAACUUCCCCAUGAACAACGUCAAUCUCAUCUCGCCAUUUGGUCCGAUCUGGUUCGAAUGGCCUGAGGAGGCCGCUAAGCAAACGUCUUGGCAGGAUGCGGUCAGACAUGAAACCAACAUCCUGUUCAGUCUUCUAUCUAGCGGCUCAAGAAACUCUAAUGGAAGGAAACUGUCUUCUGGAAGCUACAGCACCAUGAGCAGCGUCGUAUCACCUGGUACCGGUAGUCUCUCCCAGUUCGACGUUUUCUCGCCUCCGCGUCGGGCCAGUAACUCGUGGCACAUGCGCGCUUACUCCUACAGUGGCAUGAAACAAGACCCUUUGAACUCCAAGCUGCUUUUCGCACCCAGUAGCCCAAGCCGUGGCAGACUGCCUGGACAUCGUUUCACUAGAUCUUCCCCAGUGAACUACCCGGUCUUUGAUGAUGAUGAAGAUUGA